GCUGUCACUUCACUUCCCCUGUCUGGUUCUCCUCGUCCCUUAUAUAGUUUCCUCCAGGUAACCCAGAUAGUUCUAGAAAUCUCCAGAACAGGUGCGAAACUUCCCGCUUGUCAGUGUCAUAUUUGACAGUUAAUGGGGCCCAAAAGGGGCUCCAAUUUACUGAAAUACCAUGAAUUUCGAUCCCCCCAUUCCAAACUUUUCAGAAUGGACGGAUCAUGACAGAGAAGAUCCAACGCAGGAAAGUCCUGUGGAAGAUGAGGAAGAAAAGGAAGAGAUGGAGAAUUCUCCAGGCAGAAGGGGAGACGCUUGCAUAGACAUUCCUAGAGAUCACAGUGCUUUGAUGAAUCUUCUCGAAAAACCGCCCAUAGAUAAGAAAGUUAAGAGACACAGCAUCCAUGGAAUGAUGGAAGAAGAGAACGUGAUCCGACCACACCAAGAAAUCGCACAACUAUCUCUCGAAGAAAAAAAGUUCCUAUUAGCAGUAGAAAGAGGCGACGUGGCUUCUACCCGAAGAAUGUUGCAAAAGGCCGAAGAUUCCAGCUACAUCAAUAUUAAUUGCGUGGACCCACUAGGAAGAAGCGCACUGCUGAUGGCCAUUGAUAAUGAAAAUCUGGAAAUGGUGGAGCUGCUGAUAGAAUACAGAGUGGAAACCAAAGACGCUCUUCUUCAUGCCAUAUCUGAGGAAUUUGUGGAAGCCGUCGAAGUUCUGCUGGAUCACGAAGAAACUAUACAUAAAAAAGGCGAACUGCAUAGCUGGGAAGCCUUACCACCRGACACUGCCACUUUCACACCGGAUAUAACACCAUUAAUAUUGUCCGCCCAUAGAGAUAAUUACGAGAUUAUUAAAAUUCUUUUAGAUCGAGGAGCWACUUUGCCUAUGCCUCAUGACGUACGGUGUGGAUGCGACGAGUGCGUAACGUCGAGAAUGGAAGACUCCUUAAGACAUUCGCGAUCUAGAAUAAACGCCUAUCGCGCCUUGGCAUCUCCAUCCCUUAUCGCCUUGUCCUCUAAAGACCCCAUUUUGACCGCUUUUGAGCUCUCUUGGGAAUUAAGACGCCUAAGUUUCAUGGAACACGAAUUUCGGGGCGAAUAUCAGGAAUUGCGAAAACAGUGUCAAGAUUUUGCGACAGCCCUUUUGGACCACACAAGGAGCUCCUACGAGCUCGAAGUGCUUUUAAAUCAUGACCCUACAGGGCCGGCAUUUGAGCAUGGAGACCGGAUGCACCUCAACCGACUGAAGUUAGCCAUUAAGCUCAGACAAAAGAAGUUUGUGGCGCACUCGAAUGUCCAGCAACUGCUGGCAUCGAUUUGGUACGAAGGCCUGCCUGGAUUCCGUCGAAAAAACAUGGUGCUGCAAGCUCUGGAAAUAGUCAGAAUUGGCAUUUUGUUCCCAUUCUUUUCAAUCGCUUACAUCGUGGCCCCCCAUUCAGUCAUUGGACAAACGAUGAGGAAGCCUUUUAUUAAAUUCAUCUGUCACUCUGCCAGCUACUUUACCUUCUUAUUUAUGUUAAUUCUCGCUUCACAACGGCAGUUGUUUUUCAAUGGAGGCGACGAGGAAGUGAUCAUCCAAAGAGGAGCGAAACCGACCUUGGUCGAAUGGAUCAUAUUGGCUUACGUAAGUGGUUUAAUUUGGAGUGAAAUAAAGCAGCUGUGGGACGUUGGACUUGAAGAAUACGUAAGAGAUAUGUGGAACGUCAUUGAUUUUAUCACGAAUUCCUUGUAUGUGGCUACCGUUGCUUUAAGGGUUGUCUCAUAUUACGAGGUAACACAGAGCCCGGAAGUAAUGCCAAGGAAAGACUGGGAUGACUGGGAUCCAAUGCUUAUUUCCGAGGGACUUUUUUCAGCCGCAAAUAUUUUCAGUUCUUUGAAGCUUGUCUACAUUUUCUCAGUGAAUCCGCAUCUGGGGCCACUUCAAGUGUCGCUAUCACGAAUGGUUACCGAUAUUAUGAAGUUUUUCUUUUUGUAUGUGCUGGUGCUUUUUGCGUUUUCUUGCG